AAGGCACCGUACAAGGGAAAAUCAUGAGUUGAUAGGGAUUAGCCCCCCAUCCAAGAAAUACCAAACAUGCGUUAAUCACUUUUUUUCAGGUGUUUAUCUAAAUGAUUUUGAAUUUAUCGCGUUGUAUUUCAUAGAUUUAGUUAUGACCCUGACGCUCUCAGUCUCUCUCUCUGACGCUCUCUCUCCCCUACGAAUAGAACCGACGAACUCCGCGAAUAGGCGAGCAGCAUCCACACAAGCAGCCAUUUAAUUAAUUGGGAUUACUUUAAAAUCAUUAAUUUAAAUACUCAACCUUUUUUAGUUUGACCGUAAUGCGAUAGGAAUUCCAAUAAUUAUAAUAUCCAAUAUGCCAAAUCAAAUGCGGUCCGCCAGAAUUAGGCAGACAAAUGCAAUGUGGACCUUCACCUGACAAAAAAAAACAGACUGGCUACACAUGACGGGGUUAAUAAAUGCACAGCGUUCACUUCUAAAUAAUGAAAAUAGAGAUUCAUCGAGGUUAUUUUGAAGACGGAUGGAUGGAAAUGCAUAAACAAGGAGCGUCAAGACGUUCAUCAAGGGAAACUCGAUAUUUCACCGCUUUGAAAAUCGUAGAUCUGACGAUAUAAAGAAGAUAGGUUGUAUUGCAGGCUACAUAGAAGCUAGCCGCCUACGUGCUGUAACCUCUCCUAAAUUGUCUUUAGACUAUAUUUACCUCGACGUGACAAUACAUCGUACAAAUUACAUGGAAUGAUGGACACGAAAAUUGGACACAACCUUUGUCUGUGUGAAACUUAUGUUUAAGAGGCUCAGUGAACAUUAGGCUACCUGUGGCCGAAUCGUAUCAUCGCUCAGAGGACAGACAUAGCCUAUCUUGAGUGUGGUCGUUUCAAUAUUGACUGAAGAAUGUGUUAAUAUCAGUGUCAGUGCCGCCUCUCUGACUGAGGUUUCCCACAUCUUUACAAAUCCCAGAAAUCGAAGGUGCUAAAUGUAAUGGAGACAAAUGAGCCUGUUAUCUAGAAUGGAUCCUCACAUAUCCCUGUAAGAGGCGGGACAAAGGAAGAAAACCCCAGGACGGACGAUAGGAGGGCUGCCGUGCCAUAGGCGGAAGAGUGGCGUCGGUCCGAGAGAGAGGGGGUAGAAUCACCCUCGCACCCCUACCCCUAGAAUCAUAGAGUUGAAGGCAUGUCUAACCAGACCCAGAUCUUUGGCAUAGAUGGCCCAGGGAGCCUGCUGGCAGUGUUGGCCUCACAGAGGGACAGUAGUAUUACCAGCACCAGCAGUGAAGGAAUCUCAGCUGCGGCCGUGUCCACCUAUGUCAAGUUGGUGUUCCUGGGCCUGAUCCUCUGUGUCAGCCUAGCAGGCAACCUGCUGGUGUCUCUGCUGGUCCUCCGAGACCGGGCCCUUCACAAGGCCCCCUAUUUCUUUCUGCUGGACCUUUGCCUAGCUGAUGUCAUCCGUUCUGCUGCCUGCUUCCCCUUCGUCCUGGUGUCUGUCCACAACAGCUCAGCAUGGACCUACAGUGCCUUCAGCUGUAAGCUGGUGGCCUUCCUAGCUGUGCUCUUCUGUUUUCACGCUGCCUUCAUGCUGUUCUGUGUGGCUGUGACCCGCUACCUGGCCAUCACCCACCACCGCUUCUACGCCAAACGCAUGACGGUCUGGACCUGCGCUGCCAUCAUCUGCAUGGUCUGGACUUUGGCCAUUGCCAUGGCGUCUCCGCCUGUCUUUGACGUGGGGACGUACAAGUUCAUUCAAGACGAGGACCAGUGCAUUUUCGAGCAUCGCUACCUUAAGACCAAUGACACUCUGGGCUUCAUGCUCAUGCUGGCCAUCGUGGUCCUGGCCACUCACGGUUUCUACACCAAACUCCUGCUGUUUGAAUACAAGCAUCGAAAGAUGAAGCCUGUCCAGCUAAUGCCAGCCAUCAGCCAGAACUGGACCUUCCACGGCCCGGGUGCCACGGGUCAGGCAGCAGCCAACUGGAUCGCAGGCUUUGGCCGAGGCCCAAUGCCCCCCACCCUGCUGGGCAUCAGGCAGACUUUGCACAACCAGCAGCAGCAGCGCCUGCUGGGCAUGGAGGAGGUCAGAUCUGAGAGGAGGCUAGGCAGGAUGUUCUACAUCAUCACCCUGCUCUUCCUGGUGCUCUGGGCUCCCUACAUAGUGGCCUGUUUCUGGAGGGUGUUUGUCAAGUCCUGCUCCAUCCCUCACAGGUACCUCUCCAUCACAGUGUGGAUGAGCUUCGCCCAAGCAGGAGUCAACCCUAUCUUCUGCCUCCUGCUCAAUAAGGACUUGAGGAAAGUGCUGAGGGCCCACCUGCCCACCUACAGCAGGACUAGACAACACCAACAGCUGCACCGCCAUGAGCUGUUUGUGUUCACCAUCACAUGAUGCACUACUAUAUCGUGUGAUGGGGUGGGAUUGGGGUGUUUUGUUUGUAUCAUACAGAAAUGCCUAUCUGACCUUUUUUUGUAAAGAGAAUGUUUAUCAGACGCUACUAUUUUUGCAAAUGUAUUACAACUUUGUUUCAUUUGUAAUGUGCAGAUGAUGUGUGUGUGGAGACAUGCAGUAUGAGAAGCAGGUUUGUAGUAAUACUAGUAAUGAACAUUCUCAGUAGAUUAUCUCAUUAACAUGUUAAAACUGAUUUUCUUUAGUUCAAUAGAGGGGAUUGCAACGUCACCAUAAAUAGCAGGAUAUACUGUGUACAAAACUUUUGAGUUGCACUCCCCCAUAUUACCCUCAGAACAGCUUCAAUUCGUCAGGGCAUGGACUCUACAGGGUGUCGAAAGUGUUCCACUGGUAUGCUGGCCAAUGUUGACUUCAAUGCUUUCCACAGUUGUGUCAAGUUGGCUGGAUGUCCUUUGGGUGGUGGACCAUUAUUGAUACACACGGGAAUCCGUUGACCAUAAAAAAACAGCAGCGUUGCAGUUCUUGACACACACAAACUGGUGCGCCUGGCACUUACUACCAUACCCCGUUCAAAAGGCACUUCAAUCUUUUUUUUUUUACUACCAUACCCCUCAAUGGCACACAUACACAAUCGAGGUCUCAAUUGUCUCAAGGCUUAAAAAUCCUUCUUUAACCUGUCUCCUCCACUUCAUCUACCUUGAUUGAAGAGGAUUUAACAAGUGAUAUCAAUAAGGGAUCAUUGCUUUCACAUGUAUUCAACCGGUCAGUCUAGGAAAACCUGCUCUUUCCAUGAUACAGUGCCUUGCGAAAGUAUUCGGCCCCCGUGAACUUUGCGACCUUUUGCCACAUUUCAGGCUUCAAACAUAAAGAUAUAAAACUGUAUUUUUUUGUGAAGAAUCAACAACAAGUGGGACACAAUCAUUAAGUGGAACAACAUUUAUUGGAUAUUUCAAACUUUUUUAACAAAUCAAAAACUGAAAAAUUGGGCGUGCAAAAUUAUUCAGCCCCUUUACUUUCAGUGCAGCAAACUCUCUCCAGAAGUUCAGUGAGGAUCUCUGAAUGAUCCAAUGUUGACCUAAAUGACUAAUGAUGAUAAAUACAAUCCACCUGUGUGUAAUCAAGUCUCCGUAUAAAUGCACCUGCACUGUGAUAGUCUCAGAGGUCCGUUAAAAGCGCAGAGAACAUCAUGAAGAACAAGGAACACACCGGGCAGGUCCGAGAUACUGUUGUGAAGAAGUUUAAAGCCGGAUUUGGAUACAAAAAGAUUUCCCAAGCUUUAAACAUCCCAAGGAGCACUGUGCAAGCGAUAAUAUUGAAAUGGAAGGAGUAUCAGACCACUGCAAAUCUACCAAGAACUGGCCGUCCCUCUAAACUUUCAGCUCAUACAAGGAGAAGACUGAUCAGAGAUGCAGCCAAGAGGCCCAUGAUCACUCUGGAUGAACUGCAGAGAUCUACAGCUGAGGUGGGACACUCUGUCCAUAGGACAACAAUCAGUCGUAUAUUGCACAAAUCUGGCCUUUAUGGAAGAGUGGCAAGAAGAAAGACAUUUCUUAAAGAUAUCCAUAAAGUGUCAUUUAAAGUUUGCCACAAGCCACCUGGGAGACACACCAAACAUGUGGAAGAAGGUGCUCUGGUCAGAUGAAACCGAAAAUGCAAAACGUUAUGUUUGGCGUAAAAGCAACACAGCUCAUCACCCUGAACACAUCAUCCCCACUGUCAAACAUGGUGGUGGCAGCAUCAUGGUUUGGGCCUGCUUUUCUUCAGCAGGGACAGGGAAGAUGGUUAAAAUUGAUGGGAAGAUGGAUGAAGCCAAAUACAGGACCAUUCUGGAAGAAAACCUGAUGGAGUCUGCAAAAGACCUGAGACUGGCACGGAGAUUUGUCUUCCAACAAGACAAUGAUCCAAAACAUAAAGCAAAAUCUACAAUGGAAUGGUUCAAAAAUAAACAUAUCCAGGUGUUAGAAUGGCCAAGUCAAAGUCCAGACCUGAAUCCAAUUGAGAAUCUGUGGAAAGAACUGAAAACUGCUGUUCACAAAUGCUCUCCAUCCAACCUCACUGAGCUCGAGCUGUUUUGCAAGGAGGAAUGGGAAAAAAUGUCAGUCUCUCUAUGUGCAAAACUGAUAGAGACAUACCCCAAGCGACUUACAGCUGUAAUCGCAGCAAAAGGUGGCGCUACAAAGUAUUAACUUAAGGGGGCUGAAUAAUUUUGCACGCCCAAUUUUUCAGUUUUUGAUUUGUUAAAAAAGUUUGAAAUAUCCAAUAAAUGUCGUUCCACUUCAUGAUUGUGUCCCACUUGUUGUUGAUUCUUCACAAAAAAAUACAGUUUUAUAUCUUUAUGUUUGAAGCCUGAAAUGUGGCAAAAGGUCGCAAAGUUCAAGGGGGCCGAAUACUUUCGCAAGGCACUGUAUGUUUUGUACACUCAGUGUAGGUUAUGAUCAACUGCAGUCUAGACUGGAAAGAAUCUCAUUUGAUUUUGUAGUUUAUUUUACCACCAUGGAAUGUUUGAAAUUCAGUGUUAAUUAGUUCUGACUUGAAACCUCUACAGGAUCGGCUGGUCCCCCACGGGACGGUUGAGCUAACGUAGGCUAAUGCAAUUACCAUAAGGUUGUAAGUAACAAGAUUAUUUCCCAGGACAUAGACAUAUCUGAUAUUGGCAGAAAGCUUAAAUUGUUGUUAAUCUAACGGCACUGUGUAAUUUACAGUAGCUAUUACAGUGAAAUAAUACCAUGCUAUUGUUUGAGGAGAGAGCACAGUUAUGAACUUGACAAUGUAUUAAUAAACCAAUUAGGCACAUUUGGGCAGUUUUGAAACAAAAGUUUGAAAAUAAAUGCAAUGGUUCAUUGGAUCAGUCUAAAACUUUGCACGCACACACUGCGUGCAAAUCUAAAUUGCAGCUGGAAUAAUACAUUAAGGCCUUUCUGUUGCAUUUCAAAAGUGAUGGUACAAACAAAAUACAAAAAAAGCAUGUUUUUUUCUUCGUAUUAUCCUUUACCAGAUCUAAUGUGUUAUAGUCUCCUACAUUCAUUUCACAUUUCCACAAACAUCAAAGUGUUUCCUUUCAAAAAGUAUCAAGAAUAUGCAUAUCCUUGCUUCAGGUCCUGAGCUACAGGCAGUUAGAUUUGGGUAUGUCAUUUUAGGCAAAAAAAAAUAAACCUGAGAAGUGAACUGGGGUUGAAGAUUAGGGGCCUGGCAUUCUUUUGUAAUAUAUUCUCUUGUAGAGCAUUUGAAGUGGCAGUUGUUUUUCCACUCACCAAUAAAGUCUACUUUUGAUGCAUUUUGA